UACAAGCACAACAUUACUGCAGAGACGUCUUUGCUCUGGACACACAUCGCAUUUUACUGAUCUGGUAGCGCCACUGCUGAAUCGAGCUAUUUAGGGUCGAAAAGGGUUUUUCUUGAAUGUGCCAGGAAUGGAUCAGGGGCCUGGCACGGUGUCGGAAGGUGGAUUUAUAUCCCUGAGUGAAAAUGAACAAAGAUGUUACUCAGAUCUUUAUACUUUGUGCCAAGCUGACAGCUCCGAGAAACUAGCAGCCAGUAAAGUGAGAGAACUAUUCAGAGCAUCCCAGCUACCUGUAGAUACACUUCACCAGGUCACUGAGCUGUGUGGAGCAAAGCGCCUGGGAUACUUCGGUACUGGGCAGUUUUAUGUAGCUCUGAAGUUAUUAGCUGCAGCACAAUCAGGCUUCCCAGUACGGUUUGAAAGCAUUAAAAGUGAAAUGCCACUUCCCAGGUUUGUGGGAAUGAAAAAUGAUGCUGAGCUGCUGAGGUAUCCAAACCAUUCCCAAAACACUGAGAGCCAGGGGCAUCAGCUCGGGAAGCCGCCAAUGAGAAUCGCCCAGCCCAGCCUGGACAGGAACUCCCUGAAACGCACAGAGAGUUUAGGAGAUAAACAGGAGCCCCGGUCGCCUCCACCGUCGCCUCUUAGGUCACCUCCCAAUUCUCCUUCAAGCUCAAGCUACCAGGACAAGCCUCUGAGCUACUCUUACAGGAAACAAUGGAACAGCACAGAACAGCUGACAGCUUCCUGUGAAAGUAAACACCUGAGUCGGCCUCUGCUCCAGCAGCAAGUAUCAUUGCCUAGUAACUAUGGAUCCAAAUCUUCACUCGGGCAUUCUGCAGUCACGCGGGCCCUUUCAGUGGAGAGAAGAGCAGAGGAGGGCAGUGCUGACUACCACGAUGACCCCUGGAGGAUUACUGAAGAACAGCGGGACUACUACACCAUGCAGUUCAAAUCUCUGCAGCCAGACCUCAGCUCACUCAUUUCAGGUUCUGUUGCUAAGAAUUUCUUUACAAAAUCUAAGCUUUCAAUACCUGAACUCUCCCAUAUAUGGGAACUCAGCGAUGUUGACUGCGAUGGAGCCCUGACGUUACCCGAGUUCUGCGCUGCCUUCCACCUCAUUGUUGCCCGUAAGAACGGAUACGCUUUACCAGAAAAACUGCCCCAGACACUGCAGCCUGCUUUUCUGCAAAUAGAUGCAGUGUCUCCCAAGACAAAGCGUGACGGGGUAUUCUUGGGUUCUUAUUCUGAAUUGGUGCCAUCAAGUCAACAGAAAGAACCAGCUCAUUCUGAGCAGUGGAAAGCCAUCAAUGAACUGCUCACUACACCGGCGCCCCUCAUUGUAUUUGAAGGUGAAUCCGGAACUGCUCCACAGGAAACCAACACAUUAGAAUCCACACACUCGCCUUUAUCUGAUAAAAGCACACCGAAGCAAGAGCCAAGGAUUGACAGCUGCAUGUCAGCCUUUAGCCCGAAGAGAAACCCAGCUUUCAAAGACACGUCAGCUGAACACACACCUUUGGAAAAUACCCCGUCUGCUAAGACAGAUCCUCCACAAGAGCUGGAGCACCAAGUAAAGUCAAGAACAAGACAGAGGUCAUACUCCAGCACCUCAAUAGACGAUGCCAUGAAGAAGGUUGAGGAGCCCCCUACGCCACCCCCCAGGCCACAGAAAACACACUCCCGAGCAUCUUCUCUGGACCUCAACACAAUCUUCCAGCAGAAUAGUCAAGGGUUCAAGGGUGGUUGGCUGCCCCCACCAGCUCUCCCUCCAAGGCCUUUGGCAGCACAGAUCCCGCACUUUGUUUCCACCACAGAAACACCUUCACAGCAAAAGCCAGUCCGGAAACUCAACUUCGCAGAUUUCAGCAAAUUCAGUGAAGAGGAAGAAAACGCUGCGAAGAAUGAAGCUCAGGGUCAGCUGGGCAUGGCUGCUGGAAACUCAGAAGAAAGCAGCCCACUUAAAAAAGUAAGACCUGAUAUAUUGCUGGCUCAGCCUCCACUGAAACCAAUCCGCAGGAAAUACCGUCCGGAGAGUCAGAACCUGGACAGCCAGGAUCCCACCCUGCCCCUGCCACCUCCCUCCUCCUCCUCCUCUGCUCCCGGGACCAAACCACAUCCUCCUCUCCAAAAGCAGUCAUCCAGGCAGAAGAGGGCCAUUCAGACUGCCAUCCGCAAGAAUAAAGAAGCCAACGCAGUCCUGGCCAGACUGAACAGCGAACUCCAGCAGCAGCACAAGGAAGCACACCUGGAUAGAAUCGCUUUGGAAACCCAGUUGGAUCAGCUUCGCCCUGUCUCAUACUUAUGACCUUCACAUUCCCUUCUUCUGAGCGGAAAGCCUUCAAGCAAAAAAGAAUCCAGUCUUUUGAAAUAGUGAAGAAAGGACUUGUGUUGUACUGUACAUACAGUACAAUAUGUGCACAGCUCUAACAAAAGCAACAAGGGACAUCUAAAUGUUUUGUUUUUCCUAUUGAAAAGUUAUACUUUAUGAGAGCCAGGGUAGUCCUGUGCACAACUAGUGACAGGGCGGAAUUUGUUCUGUGUACAACCUUUUUUUGUAUUUAUUGUCAUAGCUGGAUAACCCCCUAUGAGAUUUAAGACAUAGCGCUGAUAUAGAUAUGACAGCGCUUUGGAGAAUUUAAUAACGUCUCUCUUGACAGUAACAUGGCUUUAGCUGUGCUACAAUAGCUUGGGGAUAUCUGAGCAUUCCCCUGUCUGGAUGGCAGCACAGAAAACUGUAUCUUUACACUAGAACUGUUGUCACCUUGGACAUCAAAAGAAAGAAACAAGAAAGCAACCAGCAUCCAGUAUGUUCACAUUCUAUUGAUUGUGUGAAUGUAGAUUUACAUUAGUAAUACACUGGCAUGGCAUUAUACAAUACAUACGGGAUACACCUCAAUAGAAGCCUCAGAAUACAGUUGACUAAUGUUAGAUCUGAAAGAGCAUAGAAGGCUGGUUUAGGGAACACAGGAAUAGAAAACCCAUAGUCUUUUAUGGACAGGAAAUUACGGACAAACAGGAACUGAAGGAUAUUAGUUCUUUCCCCAAUACAUAUAAUGGGUACAGUUAAGGAAGCCAUCAGCUUGAUACUAGAGACCCCUGGAUCUCUUAACAGUCUCCUACUACUGCUGGCCCCGCUUUAGUCUUUCCCAACCUAUGCUACUACUGAACACUGCCAGCUACACAGCCUGACUGACUGCAGUACUACCAUUCCAAAGCAUGUUGGCAUGACAGUUCAUCUUUUGCCAGUGGUGAGAGUAAUGUUCUGCAUGUCAUUGGCACACAUUCGAUCACAAACUGUAACAUGACAUAGUGGUGAAAAUAUAAACAAGUUCAAGUUUUUUUUUUUUUGUUUGCACUGUUGGGCUAGAUUUACUAAGCUUUUCCCCAGUGUAAGGUUUUCACCCCCAUGCCCAAUUUGGAAGUGCUACAUGUUGUACUGAGUAGAUCAGAUUUCUACUUUUCGAACAAUCAGCUCAAGCAACUUGUGCAUGUUGUGUUCCUAUUUCCAAGGUUGUUAUUUUAUCUGCACACCACCAGCAAGCAGGCAGCGAAUAUGUAUACACUGUGGUUAAUGGCAACAUGACUGUCCUGCAAUUUCCUUAUAUGUAUUUCCUUACUUGCCAAGCUUGAAUACAAAAAUAGUGCAAACAGAGUACAACAGCAAAAGCUGCCCAUGUAGGUUAUGGGCCUGAUUCACAAUAUUCAAAUGCAGUGUUCUGUGAUGAUGUACAGUGUACCCUGUUUCUAAAUAUGUAAGGGGAGGGGGGUUAAUAUAUAAGUUGACAAAUGAAAGCAGUAAUCCUGGCCGUUCCUGCUUCUUACAUUCUGUUAAAUGCCUCUCUCCCUGUCAAAGCUGAUAGUCCAUCUCCCCAAUGCAACCCUUACAGAUACAGUACCUGACUGAUUAUUUCCCCUUUAGUCCUGAUUUUGUAUUUGUAUUUUAUUCUCUAAGCAGAAAGUGAAAAUCCAUGAGUGAUGUGACCAAAUGUAUGGCCCCAGGGCCUGAAGGGGAUAUUUUUCUGUUGUUUCACAUUCUAGUCAUAUGAGCUGUUUAAAUACUGCAGCUCUAUCGCCCAUGUGUGGGCCAUGCCUAAUGACUUCCCCACCCUGGAUCACAAUGCAGCGUGGUUUCUGAAUCACACACCCCAGCAGUAGCAGUAGGAAAGAUCUGAUUCCACAGCCACGUUUAUUGUUUACACUUAAGACUAACUGGUUUAUAUCCAGCACAAAGUUUAGAUGGAAAUUGUAUUCUUUAUACCAAUCACAAAGGGGCCAAUAUUCAGAAUACCUAACCUGUGAACCGUUGCAGCUGCAGUAAACAGCAUACAUACAAACACAGUGCACUUGCAGUGUGCAUUUCAUAACAUAAAAAGCUUUCAUUUGGUGAUUACAUGUGCCAUUUCAGAACACAUCUAUGCUAACUACAUCCUAGGGUUAAUUCUUAGCACAGGCCAUGAGAAGAAGACAGCUUGAUCAGAUGAACAAGGGGAGGACUCCUGUUCCCCUGUGGUAAUUAGGUGGGAGACGACUAGGUAUUGCCUUGUUUGCGCAGUGAACUUGGCAGAAGAAUGCACUAAUUAUGGGAUUAGUCAUUGCAUCAUUUGUAAUACUUCACAAAAACAGAUACCGAACACUUAAGGAAUGUCAUGUGACUGGAUCCGAAACAGAAGCCAACAAAAGCUUGUUGAAAAAUAUUUUUUUCUAUGCAAAAUUGCGGUGCUGGUACUUAAUUGUUAUUCCCUUUCCUUUUUUUUGAUACAUGUGUGUACAUUUGUACUUUGGUAUAUGUAAAUGAUAUCUAGCUUACAGAGAAUGGUUAUUUUAAUGUGAAUUUUAAUGGGUGUGGUUUGCAUUGUCUGUGAAGAGACACAGGCCAUACUGCUUUUAAGAAUGUAAAUCAAAGUGAAGUCUAAUAAAGCUGACAUCUUCUCAACUAAGUAA